UCCUGCUUAUUAAGAAGCACAAGAAGAAGGAGGGGGAAACUCUAAAGUGCCUUGUUAGUUGUUUCUUUCUUCACGUUUUCCCAAUGGACCGAAUAUGCCUCACUCUCCUGCUCUUCGUGGCGGUGGCGAUGUGCCGCGCAGACACCAACAACAGUUCCGGCGGCCAUUUAUUGCCCACUGAUGCGGUGGAUUCUGUUUUAGUUCCGCCUGAAAACUCCGACGGCGGCUUUUCUUCACUGGACAGCAUGUUAAACUGGGCUAUAAGUAAUUCGGAUCCCGAAAAAUUAAAGGAAUCUGCGCAAGCUCAGCAACGGCUCUCACCAAGCGAGCUCCAGAAACGCCAAAUGGAAAUCAAGGAGAUUAUGGAGAAAACAAAGAUGCCUUCGGACGGGGAACUAAUGAAAAUUGCUAUAAGUGACUUGAAUAACAAGUCAGCGUCAUUGGAAGAUAGGUACCGUGCUUUACAGGAGCUCUUAGAGCUCGUGGAGCCAAUAGAUAAUGCAAACGAUUUGCACAAACUUGGGGGACUUGUCGUGAUUACACAGGAACUUAAUCACUCUGAUCCAGGCAUAAGGACAAUUGCUGCAUGGAUCCUCGGGAAAGCUAGUCAAAAUAACCCAAUUGUGCAGCAGCAGGUCUUGGAACUCCAAGUACUCUCUAAGCUGAUGAAAAUGGUAAAGUCUGAUUCUGUAGAAGAAGCCAAUAAGGCACUAUAUGCAGUUUCAGCAUUAAUUCGGAAUAAUGCUGCAAGUCAGGAGAAGUUCUAUGCUGAAGCUGGAGGUUGGAUGCUUCACGAUAUUUUGAGGAAUGCUAAUCUUGAUAUCAGACUACGGAAGAAGGCUGUGCUCCUAUUGGCCGAUCUAGCAGCGUAUCAACUAGAGAAUGUAGACAGAGAUGGACCACCUUUUUUCAAUGACCGGGAUCUGUUGAAGUCGGUAGUUGAUUUAACUGCAUCACCUGAUCUUGAUCUCCAGGAGAAGGCUCUUGUAGCGAUUAAAAGUUUUCUGCAACUAAGGAUCACUGAAGCUCUCGUUUUCAGAGAUUUUUGUGCUUUGGGCAAUGCACUGAAUAGGAUGAAGCAAUCGUUGCAUGAUUUGAUGGCAGACGAGUAUCAGAGAGACUAUGUGAUGGAUGUGGAAACCCUUCGCAUUGAAGUGGAACAAAUUUUCCAUAAAAAACUCGUAAAGCAGUGAUAGAGUUCACAAUCCUGUGUGAUCAUAAUGACGCAUAAUUAUUCAGUUUCUAGGUUUGUAUCAUUAUUUAAUGUUUUUUUAUACCUUUUUUUCCUUUAGUUUUCUCACAAUUUUGAUGUAUCAUAUUACAGGGAUUAAUAACUUAACAUCAAUCUUAUAGUUGUGUAUACCAAAAAGGAAAAAGAAUCUAUGAACGAGACAAUCCAGAGUUGAGAGUUGUUAUCGACAAUUGUUCAUUUUACUAUCUUAUUCUAUGUUAUCGACAAAUGUUAAUGAGAUUUUGAUUUUAACAAAUCAUUCCUUUGAAGUUCAA